AUGUCUAUCCCUCCACUGUCACCCAAAACGACUCUUCAAGGAAGGUCGUUGCUCAUCACCGGCGCUAAUUCCGGACUCGGUUUCGAGUCAGCGCGCCUAGCAUUACGAUUGGGCGCCUCCCCUGUGUACAUAACUGCGCGUACCGUUGAGAAGGGCAAUGUGACGCGUGACGAGCUGCUCGCCGACUCCGAAGUAAAGAAGAAGAAUCCGAAUGCGAUCGUUCAGGUGUAUGCGCUCGAGAUGUCCAAGUGGGAUGGUGUCACCUCUUUUGCCAAAAAGUUCCUUGACGAUAGGCAGAUCGCUGGAGAAGGACUCGACAUUGGUAUCCUGAAUGCAGGUCUGCUCAGUAUCGCUUUUGGACUCGCACCGACCGGUAAUGAGAUGACCAUCCAAGUGAAUCAUCUGUCGACUGCACUUCUCGCACUUCUUCUUCUGCCUCUCCUCGAACGCAGCACGACACCCGAGCAUACCGCCAGGCUGACAAUCGUCUCCAGCUCGACGCACCUGGACGCAGGGCUCAAGCACUGCCCGCCAGAUAACCUCAAAUACUUGGCUUCUUUGAAUGACGAGAAGACGUUUUCUGGCAGCCUGGCGCGGUAUGGCCUGAGCAAGCUCCUGAUCAUCCUAUUCCUCCGCGAGCUGUCCCAAAAGGUCAGCAGCGACAAGGUCGUCAUCAACGAUGUCUGCCCUGGAAUGAUCAAGACCCAGCUCCUGCGCAGCAUUCCCUGGUGGUUUGUGCCCGCCAUGUGGGUGUGGCAAGCUGCAACAGCGAACCCGGUUGAGAGGGGCGCUGGCUGCUACAUGAAUGCGGUGGCCAACGUCGGCAAGGAGAGCCAUGGACUAUGGUAUCACAAGAUGAAGCAGACCCCGUAUUCCGACGUCGUUACGGGCUCAGAAAGCAAAGUGCUCCAAGAUCGGAUCUGGAAUGAGACUAUGGAACAGCUUCGGAGGGUCUCGCCUAGUAUUGAUCAAACCAUCUGA